UUUGUCAAUUCCCAUCACUUAACUCUUUCACCUUCUCUCUUUUCUUGUUUUUUUUCUCUUAGUCACUCUCCUUUGAAAGCAAACAAAGAUGGGGAAAGAGGGAAGAAAGCAUACUUCUCUAAUUCUUUGGGCUUCCUUUGCUGCAUUGCUUGCACACAAUUUGGUCAUUCCUGUUAUGUCUACUGCUUCUUUUGAAGAACAAAAGACCUAUUACUCUCCUGAUCCAAAUGCCAGAAGUCCCCCAACAGGAGGUGGCCAUGGAACAUCACCUUCUCAUGGAACGCCGUCGCAUGGAAGCAGUAGCCAUGGAGGAACACCACCUGCAAACUGUGGUAACCCCGCCCCUAGUGGUGGGCAUCACCACAACCCUACUCCAUCGCCUCCUUCAGGAGGCCAUGGAGGUGGUGGUUACUAUCCCUCCCCUCCAUCUCAUGGUGGAAGCCCUCCAAGUACUCCUACACCUACACCUAGGACCCCCAGUACACCAACGCCAACACCUAGUACCCCCAGUACACCGACACCUAGUACCCCCAGUACACCAUCCACCCCCUCCACACCUACUAUUGUAACCCCACCUACACCUCCUACCGUUGACCCGGCACUCCAAGCACUCCAGGGGGUGGUUACUAUGGUGGAAGUCCUCCAAGUAUUCUUACACCUAGUACCCCUAGUAUUACACCCACUACCCCUUCUAAUCCUAUCAUUGAAACACCACCAACUACUCCUACCAUUGAUCCAGGCACUCCAAGUGCUCCGGGCGUCUUUCCAAUUGACCCCAACUCACCACCUUUUACAUGCGACUACUGGAGGACUCACCCAACACUAAUAUGGGGCAUACUUGGCUGGUGGGGAAGUGUAGGCAAUGCAUUUGGUGUGGCUAGUGUUCCAGCUUUGGGUGCAAACAUGAACUUAGUGCAAGCACUUUCAAACACUCGCCCGGAUGGCUUAGGGGAGCUCUACAGAGAAGGAACAGCUUCUUUAUUGAACUCCAUGGUUAGCAGGAGGUUCACCUACACUACAGACCAAGUCAAGAACAGUUUUAUCACAGCACUCAGUUCAGACAAAUCUGCAUCAGCUCAAGCACAGCUGUUCAAGUUAGCUAAUGAGGGUCGGCUCAAGCCCAGAGCUUGAGAAUUAAGUCAGGAUUUCUUUCAAAGUCAUGACUUUUAGUUUCUUGCUAUGUCCUGUUUCAUAGUGUCAUCCUGUGUGUUUAGUUACUUAGGAUUGAAUACUAGUAAUGUUUUUCUCUGUGCUUUUGUAUGUUACAACAUUAAGAGGGAUACCAACUUUCUGUUUUAUUCAGUUAUAAUUAAGUCAAAUGUAUGACUUUGUUGUUGUAGGCUA